GCUGAAGAUGGCGUCGCAGCGACGCGAUGAUGUCAUAAAGAUGGCGGACGCCGGAGGUACCUUUGCGGAUUCUGGAUAAUCGCAAGCCACAAGACUUUACCCCCAGGGAUUCCUAGUCUUCAGGCGAGGAUAUCCUUUUUUAUCUGUCUUUCGAAAUCCCUGCGGCCUAGCUAGUGCCCGUGACCACGGACGGAGGCAGUGUCGCGGGUUGAUUACGUUACCCGAAGGCUGCCGGCGUCGAGUCGGUUUCUAACGAGAAUUUUUAAAAAAACGAUUGACGCGAAGAAAAGGGAGGAGCCGCGAACCCCUCCAACUACCUGAGGCAGGCAGCUUUGUCUGGCAAAGUUCUCGGUCCAGGCGAUCCGCGACCAACCCCCAACGGUCCCUCCUCCCACGGCGCCACGACCCCGCGAGUGCGCAAGCUCCUGUCAAACGCGGUGACGGAGGCCGAAGAGAAAAAAAGGCGGGAGCCACCAAUCCCAGGUGGAGCAAAAUGGCGCGGGAGAACGAGAUGCAGGAGUUCAUCCGUAGCUUCUUCCGAGGCCGCCCGGACCUCAGCACGCUCACGCACUCCAUCGUGCGGCGGAGGUUCUUGGCUCACGCGGGCCGCGACCACCUGGAACCCGACGAGAAGCAGGCGCUGAAGCGACUGGUGGAGAAGGAGCUGCUGAAGGUGCAGGUGGAUGAAGCAGGUGCCAGGGAAGAGAGGCUAGAUCUUGCCAAGAAGGCAAAGAGGCCUCCCACCCCCAUGAGUGGCCCCGUGAGGAAAAGGUUCCGUUUCAAUUCGGAGUCAGAGCCCAGCUCUGCAGCCUCCAGUCCGGACUGCUUUGGCCCCCAAGCAAAGAAUGGGAUGGCGGCAGUAGAAGUCAGUCCAGCUGAGGGGGAGAGGCCAAAGCAAGCCUCAGAGAAAGCAGUUGAGGAGAGCAAUGAUGAGGAAGAACAGCAGAGGGGCCUGACUGCAAAGACUGGAUUAGAGAAGCUGGAGGAAGAGGAGGAGGAGUCUAAGGGCAGGGUUAGGAAGGAACCCGUGACAAGGGAUAAGCAGGCACCAGGCCAAACCGCUGCCCGUAGGAAGCAGGCCAGGGAGGAGGGUGAGGACAGUGAGGAGGAACCGAUCCAGAGGACAAGAAAGAAGGCAGUGGGAAAGAAAGGAGCUAAAAGCCACCAGGAAAGUGAAAAGGACAGUGAGGAGGAGGAGGACACCCUAGCCAAAAAGAAAGACAGCAGGGAGGAAGAGGGGGAGAAUCGGAAAGCUGGAGCCCGGGGCAAUGGAGGGAACAAGUCAGCUUGGGAGGAGAGGAGCUGGGAGCAGAAAAGCAGGGCAGCAAGACUGCUGGGAGAGUCAGGGGACAGAGAGGGAGAAAAGGAAAAAGCAGGCAGUGGGGAUAAGAGCGGGGGAGACGAAGAGCCCCUGGUGCGGAGGAAGAGGAAGGACGGGACCCCGUGGAAGGGUGGGAAAAGGCAGAGUGGAAGCAGCGAGGAUGGGGAAGACAGCUGCAGAGAGGUGAAACCAACUACUGAAGGCACUGGAAAGACAGCCAGAGUGGGCAGUAUCAGUGGGGAGGCGAGCGACUCGGAGAGGGAGGUGAGUGACCGUGAGGCAGGGGGUAGCCCUAAGGGGGAGAAGGAGAACCACUCUUUCAAGAAGAGCUCCAGGAAAGGCAGGACGCGAAGCUCCUCCUCCUCGUCCACAGAUGGCAGUCCGGAACCCAAAGGCAGGAAGGCUGGCUCUGGUCGCCGUGGUGAGGACCACCCAGCUGUGAUGAGGCUGAAGCGUUACAUUCGGGCCUGUGGUGCCCAUCGCAACUACAAGAAGCUGCUGGGCCCCUGCCGCUCACACAAGGAGCGCCUCAGUGUCCUCCGGGCAGAGCUGGAAGCCCUGGGCAUGAAGGGUAACCCUUCCUUAGAGAAGUGCCGGGCCCUGAAGGAGCAGCGGGAGGAGGCGGCUGAGGUGGCCUCCUUGGACCUUACCAACAUUAUCAGUGGUUCAGGCCGGCCACGCAGACGCACAGCUUGGAACCCUUCAGGAGAAGCAGACGCCCCAGGGGAGCCAUACCGCCGGACUUUGGGCUCAGAGGAUGAGCAGCCCCGUGCCCCACCCCCAGACUGGUCACAUAUGCGUGGCAUCAUCAGCAGUGAUGGAGAGAGUAACUGAGCUCCUCCCCUUCCCCAGGAGGCUUUCCACUUGGGAGAAAGCAGAUCCAGCACCCACAGCCCCCAUCCUAGUCGGUGCCUGCAGAGCUUCAGAAGCAGCUUUCUUCAGAGAAGACUUUGCACCCCCAGGGACACAAG